UUUAAUUUUUGAAUUCGACGAUACGCGUGACAUCUUUUGGCGAGAAAUAAUACAGUUUGACAAGGGGGCGACCUUGAGCAUAACCUCAAAAAAUACGUUUUGUUUAUGUGUGAAUUUCUUGAAAAUGGGUGAUAAUGAUCCUCCAGUAAAGAGAUACAGACGUGACGAGAAGGAUCAAGAAAAAUCAGAUUCGGACGAUAAUUACGUCCCAUACGUGCCAGUCAAAGAACGCAAGAAGCAAAAGCUUUUGAAACUCGGACGAUUAGGCCAGCUAAAAGAGUCUGAAUUGAACAAACCAAAAUCAUCUAGCGAGAACGAAACAAACGAUGACGAAGAAGAGGAUGAAGUAUGGGGGCGCAAGAACAACAUUUCACUUUUGGACCAACAUACAGAACUUAAAAAAUUGGCAGAAGCCAAAAAGGUAAGCGCCGUGGAACGCCAAUUAAAAAAAGAAGAGGAAAUUCUGGAAAUAGUAGCGGAAAAGAAAGCCUUGAUGGGCGUUUCUGAGUUGGCCAAAGGCAUACAAUACAGCGACCCGAUUAAAACCAGUUGGCGACCCCCUCGUUACGUGCUUGCAAUGCCGGAAAAUCGCCAUGAAAAAAUCCGAAACGAACUCCGGAUUCUAGUCGAAGGUGAAGACAUUCCUCCACCACUUAAAACCUUUCGCGAAAUGAAACUACACGAAGGGAUCAUAAGCGGACUGAAAGAAAAGAAAAUUAAGAAACCAACACCGAUUCAGAUUCAAGGCAUUCCAACAGUUUUAUCAGGUCGGGAUAUGAUUGGGAUAGCAUUCACGGGUUCAGGCAAAACACUAGUUUUUGUUUUGCCUCUCAUCAUGUUUUGUUUGGAACAGGAAGUUAAAUUGCCCUUUAUUAAAAAUGAAGGGCCCUAUGGACUUAUAAUUUGCCCUUCGCGAGAGUUGGCAAAGCAAACUUUCGAUAUCAUACAACAUUUUUGUAACAGUCUGAGGAAGCAUGGAAUGCCCGAAAUUAGGACGUCUUUAGCCAUUGGUGGAGUGCCUGUUUCAGAAGCUGUUGAUGUUAUACAGAGAGGUGUGCAUAUUAUGGUCGCCACUCCAGGACGAUUAAUGGACAUGCUUGAGAAAAAAAUCGUAAAACUAUCGGUUUGUCGAUAUUUGUGUAUGGAUGAAGCGGAUCGUAUGAUUGACUUGGGUUUCGAAGAGGACGUUAGAACAAUUUUUUCAUAUUUUAAUGGCCAAAGGCAGACUUUGCUUUUCUCAGCUACUAUGCCCAAGAAAAUACAAAAUUUUGCACGGUCAGCCUUAGUCAAACCUGUAACGAUCAACGUAGGACGGGCUGGAGCAGCCUCAAUGAAUGUUAUCCAGGAGGUGGAAUACGUUAAACAAGAAGCAAAAGUGGUUUACUUGCUAGAAUGUUUGCAAAAAACACCGCCACCCGUUUUAAUUUUCGCGGAGAAAAAACAAGACGUGGAUGCCAUUCAUGAAUACCUUCUUUUGAAAGGAGUUGAAGCUGUUGCAAUUCAUGGUGGCAAAGACCAAGAAGAACGUUCGAGAUCCGUUGAAGCAUUCAGGAAACACGAAAAAGAUGUUCUUGUAGCUACAGAUGUGGCCUCUAAAGGAUUAGAUUUUCCUGAUAUCCAACAUGUUAUAAAUUACGAUAUGCCCGACGAUGUGGAAAAUUAUGUUCACCGAAUUGGGAGAACUGGCAGAUCCGGCAAACAAGGCCUAGCUACCACAUUCAUAAACAAAUCCAACGACGAAUCUGUCCUCCUCGACCUGAAACACCUCCUUAUGGAAGCCAAACAAAAGGUCCCCGCUUUCUUGAGCGAAUUAUGCUCAGAAAGUGAGAAAUAUCUAGACUUGGGAGAUGAGAGAGGUUGUAGCUAUUGCGGAGGUUUGGGUCACAGAAUCACCGACUGUCCGAAAUUGGAAGCACUUCAAAACAAACAAGCGUCAAACAUUGGCAGGAGGGAUUAUUUGGCCAAUACUGCAGCAGAUUAUUAGAUUUUAAUAACAUUUUAUUAAUAUUCCCAAAUCUUACAAUAUAAAAUAUUACAUUUA